CAAUAAACUCCCAAGUCUCUUUUUAAAAGCCAAGUCUUCAAGAUGACAACCGAGAACCUUCCAGCCGCCACCGCCAUGAAAUCGAGCGCCACCGGCAGCAGCGAUGCCGAAGCCCGCGCGAACUUGUUUCCUCAGUACUUGAUGAAGUUGCUGAAUGAUGAUGUGGCUCCCGAAGCACUCUGGUGGUUGCCUGACGGCAAAGCGUUUGCCAUUGACCCCAAAAAGAUUGACGGACAAGUCCUGGACAAGUACUUUCAAAAGACCAAAUACUCGAGCUUUAUCCGCAGGCUUCACAAUGAAGGGUACCGAAGACAGACGCGUAAAUACAAGAAAGUCGAUGGUCUUACGCUUCCUGAAGGCACCGUUGUCUUGAGCCACGAUUCCUUUCAACGAGAGCACCCCGAGAUGCUCGACAACUUUUACAACAAAAAGACCACGGCUCCUCCCAAGGCGCUUCUCCAAGCCAAGGUCGCCGCCGCAUCAGCUGUCUCUACCAGUCCCAGAGAUUCCCCCGUCUUGGCAAGUCUCCUCCCCGCCGCGUCCACCACGGCCGUUCGUGAGACCCAAGCCGCUGCGCUCUUGGGCUUGUCGCAAGCGCACCUUCGUCCUUCGGCCAUGGACAGCAUCUCCCAAGGCAGUCUCUUGGCCGCCUCCUCGUCGUUUGGCACCGCGGCUGCAGCGGGACUCCCUCCCAACACUCUCUCCAAGUCCAUUGCCGCGCUUCGUCAAGCGCGUCGUCAACGAGAACAGGAAGAGUCGCUCCGCACCAUGAUUCUGCUCCAACAGGCCCAAAAGACCCAACAGUCGGGCUUGUUUUCCAACGAACGCUCCGGAUCACCCCCAGCCGAAGGCGCUCGCACCCUCUUGGAUUCUCAGGUCCAAUUGCAGCAGCUCCGGUUCGAAACAAGUCGACGACAGCUGGAAGAGCAAAGUAUGAGGCUCGACGCCAUGGAAGCCCUGCGACGGGCUGCUUACAGUCAGUGGCCCUAGACUACUAGACGUCUAAAGCGGCCUCUGGGGAUCAAUCUCUUCAGCGCAUCCUUGCCUCCCGCCUCUUUCCUAACACCGUACAUGUCCUCCACACACGCACACUACAUUGAAAACCAACGUAAUCCUUUAUGUUCUUAUUGUUUACACCAACUACAUGUACUAGCUGUAGCGCUUCAAACCAACCUUAGCACCGUAGCCAGCUUGGAACAUCAUCUUUCAUUGAACUAGCUGUAGCGCUUCAAACCAUCAGGAUCUUUCCAAUCCAUCAAGAGGGGCUUCCCUCUUUUGGACACCAUACAUCAUUCCAGCGAAUGAUCUUCAAUUGGUUCAUGGGGAGUUUUAGAAGUGAGACCUGACGCUUCUAAAACUAUCUACUAGUCCAGUCUAUCUUGUCCAGUCUGGCUAGGCGAACAAGGAAGCAAAACAGAUGAAUGGCCUUCCCCAAAAGCAUUAGCAGAAAAUGUAAUAAUGCAAUGGCUAGCAAACCUGGCACAUGCUCGAUACCAUAACCAACGCCUUCCUCGUACUGCCCAGUUCCAAGUUCCAAACAAAAGCUAUUGGCCCCUCUCUUUGACAUGCAUUGCCAUCUUCAUCAUCAUCGUUGCUCUUGCCACAGCACCAGGAACAACAACCCGACCUACCAGGGCUCAUUUUCAAUUCACUUGAGUUGGGGGGUUGCUUUUGCCGCGCCAAGUAGUCCAAGCGGCAUGAUGGGACUAGAUCUAUCUGGUCUACACGCUUGUAAGCUGUGGCGACCCAGGCCUCAGGCUUCAUUCUAAGAUUAUUGGGCCUCAAAGCAAGGGCUCCAAUUAUUCAAUUAGGAUUUAGCCUAUUGAAGAGCUCUAUUCCAUAUCUCGCUCUAUAGACACUCCUCAGACUGUCUUGAAUAAAUCCCAUAGUAAAACUCUCAACAAUAACAGCUACUCCGGUACUCCAGUACUCAAGAUCCAGUUGUGACCAAGCACUGUGGAGCUCACUGUAGGUGGUUAUAACCUACCGAUAACCGGUUGACGGUUCAUGGUUCAUGGUGGUAUUAGUUAGGGACAGGUAUGGCCAUGCGGCUUCUGUAGAAGUUUCUGUGUUUGUGUGCAACGUGGGGCAGCUCGUAGGGCUAACAGUUGCCCACGGUAAGCAUUUUUGAUAAACCGAAGGAAUUAGAAGAGUCUUGAAGAAACCCUGACCUGUUUGUGACAACGUGCUCCCUUCUCCCUACAUAUUGUACCUGUUCCGAGUAUCCAGUCAUCCAGUCAUAC